CUUUAUUCUCCCAGUUUCUCACAUUUGCCGAUUUGCGUUCCAUCUUCGCCUUCGCUUCAUCAGAUUCUCUGACUCUUCCUGCUCUCUCGCUCGCAAAUUUCUCUCGUCUCUUCUCUUCUCUUCUCGAUCUGAUCUCCUCAACCCCAUCGAAGAAAAACCCUAAGUGAAUCAUCCAUGACGCUUGGCUCAGGAGGAUCGAGUGUCGUUGUUCCACGGAACUUUAGACUGUUGGAGGAGCUUGAACGUGGAGAAAAAGGUAUUGGAGAUGGCACUGUUAGCUAUGGAAUGGAUGAUGGAGAUGACAUCUACAUGCGCUCUUGGACUGGCACCAUCAUUGGUCCUCACAAUACUGUUCAUGAAGGUCGAAUCUAUCAGCUGAAGCUGUUUUGUGACAAAGAUUACCCUGAGAAGCCACCAAGUGUUCGUUUUCAUUCAAGGGUCAACAUGACUUGUGUUAACCAUGAAACUGGAGUGGUGGAACCAAAGAAGUUUGGACUACUUGCAAAUUGGCAGAGGGAGUAUACCAUGGAGGAUAUACUGACACAGCUGAAAAAAGAGAUGGCUGCACCACAUAACCGGAAGCUUGUCCAACCUCCUGAGGGUACCUACUUUUAGUUAAGAAGUUUUUAUGUCAUGGAUGAUGGGUCCGAUUGCAUUUGCAGUAUGCAAUAUAUAGUCUGUAAUUCUGUGUUCAUCCUGUUAAGGACAUACUGGGGAAUGCCAUAAAAUGCUUCUCCAUGGCUUAAUUGUCUGUGUCUUUCUCAAAACUGUGUUGGAAGGGAAUGCUGUUUGAUUAAUGGGAUUUAUCUGUUUGUCAAAUAUUGUAAUCCCCUUAGUGGUGGUAUCUUGGCUUCAGUUUUUUAUGGCUUGUAGCACUCUGCAUUCUUCAAUCUCUUUAGGCUUGUUUGGUUUAGGGGUAGCUAUUACAAUAUUGGUCAAACUAAACUAAAAGAUAUUCAUGUAU